AUGGCUGAAGAUAAGGAAGUUAUAGUACCUGCAGGUGAAGAAGGCGAAGAACAAGAAAGAGAAAUUGUUAAGAUUCCUAAGAAAGUUGUUUAAUAUUGCCAAAUUUGUUCACUUCCUCCUGAGUACUGCAUGUACUAGUCAAACACCAAAGCUAGAAAAUGCUAAGAAUGGUUAAAAAUAAAUAACCCUGCAUUAUUUGUUAAAUUCUACGUUGAACCUGAAUAAAAAGCUAAAGAAUAGGAAAAGUAGCAAUAAGAAGGCGCUCCUAAGGAAGGAGAACAACCCAAAGAAGAAAAAAAAGAAAUUGAAAAGCCUUAAGCUGAGGAAUAAAAGGAAUAAGUUGAAUUAAAAGAUCUGACCCCUGAAUAAUUAGAAAAAUUAGAAAUCUAAAAGUAAAAGUAGAAUGCUAAGUUGAUGAUGUAAUUAUCUGGCGGUGACAAUAAGAUUACAAUUUUAACAACUAGAAGAAAAUUCAAAAAAUUCGUCACUGUUGUUACUGGAUUAAGCAAAUACGGUGUUAGUUUAAAGGAAGCUGCUAAAAGAUUCAGACAUAAAUUCGCCUGUGGUGCUAAGGAAGAAGGUGAAGAAGUUGAAAUUUAAGGAGAAGUAGAUGAUGUUAUUGCUGAUUUCAUUUGCAAGGAAUGGAAGCAUAUUAAUUCAAAUGUAUUUGUGUACAAAAAAGAAGGAGUCCCUGGAAAGAAAUGA